GGCUGCAAGCCUAAAAGGGUAAGGAGGAGACUUACCAAAAGAUGAGCCUUCUCGAGUUAUUGUGGUCUCUUUCUUUCCCUUUAUAACUCUCUCUUUUUUCCUCUCUGGAGUUAUCCAUACCACAAGCUGCUCUCUCUGUUUCCUGCUCUGUCCUGCUUGCUAGCUACUAGUAGGCAUCUCUCUUUUCAUAAACUUUUACUCCAAUUUGCUGUCAGACAACUGAUGCCUCAAAACUCCAAACCAGGCUUCUUAUUAUUGUUUACCUUUUCAAGAAUGUCCACAACUUCUUCUACAUGGAUUUGUUUUUUCAGUUUUCAUGCUUAAUUACACUUGCAGCAGUAGUUGUUUUUUUCCUUGUUUUACUUCCUCUUUUCAGGGUUUCUCUAUAAUUUGGACGGCGGGAUCAAACUAAAACAAGUUUUGUGCUUCACUUUUGCCUGAUUUCCAGGCUUCCCUCAGAGGCUGAGGCAUGUUGAACAAAGGAAGACAGGGAACCCAAUGCUCUAUGCAGCAGUACUUUUGGAUUUUGGUGAUGCGUAAAAGAACAAAUGAGAGAAGGCAUAUUGAAGAUUGUUCCAAAUUCAUUCUGCUUCUGGCUUAGGACUGCAUACAUAAAACUAGAGGAUAUCUCUUGAUAAAGUUUGAAACUUGUGAACUUGGGCAAUAUGGAGAACGGAUCAAAGGGCAAGUUGAAGGAUCCAGGGGUCUCUAUGAUGAAGUCAUCUUCGAGUGCUGCAUCUUCGAAAAGACCACGAAGAACCAAUAAUGGAGCCCAAAUUGCAUCAUGCUUGGUUGAUGGGUGCAAUUCAGACCUUAGUGAAUGCAGGGAUUAUCAUCGACGCCAUAAAGUAUGUGAGCUCCAUUCAAAGACCUCAAAAGUUACGAUCAAGGGCCAGGAACAGCGGUUCUGCCAGCAAUGCAGCAGGUUCCAUUCAUUGGAGGAGUUUGAUCAAGGAAAAAGAAGCUGCAGAAGACGUCUUGCUGGACACAACAAACGCCGAAGGAAGCCUCAAUUAGAACCCAUGUCCACAAAUUUGGGAAGAUUCUUUUCCAGUUACCAAGGCACAAGAUUCUUACAAUUUGGUAGUCCACAAGUGUGUCCAACAAUUGCUGUAAUGAACUCUGCAUGGGGUGGGGCUAUGAAAGCAGAGAAUGAUGAUGUGCUUCUUCAUAGCCACUCGCAGUUAAGUGAGACGAGAAGAAACUUAUUUCCGGGAUCUUUGUCGUGUCAACAGAGCAUUGAGUCCAUGCUCUCUCAAGCUUCUGCCUGCCAACAACUUGUUGGUACCAACUUUGCAUUGGGAAAUUCAGGCAACAGCCACAAGAUGUUCGCCAAUGGAUUAUACCGCGACGUUGAAUCCAAUCGUGCUCUCUCUCUUCUGUCAUCGACACCAGCAUCCCGGGGGAAGAUUGGUUUGAGCCACGCAGGGCAGUCCAGUUCAAUCUGGCCAGCUCAGCCCCUGAUCCCUAGACUGCGCUACAAUGUUUUGGGAAUGGAGGAUGACGCUGCCAUUUCCAAUUUGGUUGCUGAUGGCAGCAGCAAUGCCAAUAAUAUGCAUUUCCAGGGCAUGUUUCAGAUAAUAUCUGAUGGCUCAACUGCUGGUGCCCCUCACUAGAAACCCUAUCCAGCUGGUGGGGUUAAUUUUAUCUGCAUGGAUUUAGCUCUCUUUGUGAUUAAACAUGAAGGAGUUGACUGCCCUUCUAAACUUGAGAGAGAUCAAAAUGUCUCUUGUUUGUAUUUUUCUCGUACCCCUGAAGAGAAAUAAUCAUGCUGCUAUAUGAAAGUAUUUUCUAUUUCCA